AUGCAGCACUAUGGAGUGAAUGGCUAUUCUCUUCAUGCCAUGAAUUCUCUGAGUGCCAUGUAUAAUCUUCACCAACAGGCAGCACAGCAAGCUCAGCAUGCCCCAGACUACAGGCCGUCUGUGCAUGCCCUGACGCUGGCAGAGAGACUGGCUGGUAAGAACAACUUAUGGAUCUUGUCUUUGCAUUGGGAUAGUGUACAGGAUUAUUACUGGGACACGGCUGAAAUGACAGCUGAAUUUUGAGAAGACCAAAGGGUUGGUAAUUUUUAAAAUCCCUGAAGAUGAGCACAAAUCCAAGGAAAAGCAAUAACAGCUCAGUUGUGCAAAAUGUCCUGGACUUUAUGUGAAGCCUCCAGAAUAGGGAGCAAAAGUUAAGGUAACCAAACUGGAAUUUUAAUAUUUUGCUUCAUGCACUUAUUUUCCACAAAGUUGCAUAUAGAAUCCAAUAAAUAUAUAAAGGUGCUAUACCAAAUUUAGAAAUUGCAUCAAGCUACUCUGACUAUAACAUAUGGCUGUACAGCAACCUGUCCUUUCAAAUUCCAAUACACUGCAUUUGGACUUUGCUCUUGCCUGUAGGAGCUUCCAAAUGGCAGAUGGGGAAGGUGACUUUUGCAACUUCUCCCUCGCCCCUGCAGCCCCAUGUCACACACUCUGGAAGAAUGUGGAAGAAUGAGGGAGGAUGGUAUUGACAUACAUCACGUCUCCCCCAUCUCCACCAGUGGGAUCCCUCCAAUGGAUUAAAAGCCUUCCAUGGUCAGAAGGAGAUGAUUAUCUUCUACAGAUGCUCAAAAAGUCAGAAACCACCAGAGGGAGAGUGCUCUUGUGCUCAAAUCCUGCUUGCUGGUUUCCCACAGACAACUGUUCAGUCCCUGUGAGAACAGGAUGCUGACCUAGAUGGGCCAUUGGCCUGAUCCAUGUUCUGAUGUCAGUGUUACUGGAUUACAGCUCCCAGUGGCCUUCAUCAUUGGUCAUACUGGCUAGGGCUGAUGGGAGUUGGAGUCCAGCAGUGUUCUGAAGGUUGAAAUACUGACCAAUGGAAGCAUCUCUGGAGGACAGUCAUAUCACUUCUUUAGGCCUCAGUUUCUUCAGUUGAAUACAAUAAAAACAAAUAGCAGCUAGAGAACAUUCAGAGUUUUGCUGCUAUUUAUGUAGAUCAGGGAUGGGGAACCUGUGGCCCCCCAGGACCUACCAUCUCAUGAGGUCCAACCACAUGGAGAGGCCAAUCUAAAGCUACCUCAAGCUGUACACUAGAAACCUCCCCAUUUAUUUAAGCCAGCGGUUCUCAACCUGUGGGUCGCCAGAUGUUGUUGGACUACAACUCCCAUCAUCCCUGAACUCUGGCCUUGCUAGGGGUGAUGGGAGUUGUAGUUCAACAACAUCUGGGGACUCACAGGUUGAGAAAGGCUGAUUUAAGCUGCUUUGUUAGCUGCCCAAAUGCUUUUCUUUAUAUGAUGCACACAAAUUACACUAAUUAAAUUGGCCACUUCUCUUGUCCUCCAACGGCUGUACGUUUCAAGACAUCAUUUUGGAGGCCCGUUAUGGCUCCCAGCACCGCAAACAGAGGAGAAGCCGCACAGCUUUCACAGCCCAGCAGCUGGAAGCCCUGGAGAAAACUUUCCAGAAGACUCACUAUCCAGAUGUGGUGAUGAGGGAGAGGUUGGCCAUGUGUACCAAUUUGCCAGAAGCCAGAGUUCAGGUACCCAUAAUGUUAACCAUCUCAUGUUAACCAUCCUGGGUGAAGGUAGAUGUGAAAUUUUAAGUGCCUUGGAAUGGUGUGCCUGGGUGUCAAAACCCAUUUCUACCACACAUAUAAACAUUUUACCUGACUUCACCCUUAGUCUCAGCCCAGAUGUUGCUUCCCUUUGCAUCAUAAAAAUGGUACGUCUUGUUUAGAUAUAAUGAGUAGUGCAUGCAUAUUUUCUCCCCGGUGUGUUUUUGUGAUAUGCAGAGCUAUUCAUUCAAAGGACAUUGUAAAGUUUUAGAUCCACAGCUACCACGGCAUGGUUUCACAACCCUCUUCAUGAGGCUAUGCAUUCAGGCUCUGUGCAUACAACCACACAAGGUGCUUUACUUCUCAAUCCUGGCAUCACCUGUGUGGCCACACCAACUGCACUUCCAAAUGCAUAGAGAACAGACAGCUUUCCAAACUAUAUUGUCACAUGUCCUAUUCAAUUAAUGCAGGCAGAUGGUUGGUGGUGGUUAACCCACUGGGUGCUUGGGAGGUGAACUUAUUUUGCUUUGUAAAAACAAAAAUGGUGAAAACUUUACUGAACUAUAAAAUAAAAAGAACAUAGCAGUUCAAGGGUUCAUUGUCAGCCAUUUCUGAACCAUGAAGAGUUGGCUAUUUCUAAUGUAGCAUUCUUUCAGAUCAUAGCUUUCAUUGCUCAUGAAAACCUCCACGAAUCUGGUGCCUUUCAAAUGGUUUGGACCACAGCUCCCAUCAGGUCCAGCUAGCACAACUGUGCUGGCUGGGACUGAUGCUGCAUGGACGUAGCCAGGAUUUUUGUUAGGGGGCAGAACCUCAGUUUGCUAUGUAUUUUUAUUGAUUUUUAUUGGUUUAGGGGGGCAGCUGUUCCCCCCCAGCUACACCCAUGGCUGAUGAGCAUUGUAUCCCAAAGCAUUUGGAGGAAACCAAAUUGGCAAAAGCUGUUCUGAGGAACCAUAUGUCAAGGGCUGGCUCCCAAACCCCAGGAAACAGCUCUUGUUGGUUCAGAUGGUAUCUAAUAACACAUGGACCAGUGGUACCAAAUAGUAUGGGAAACAGCCUUAUUAGAAAAACUAACCAAUAAACUGAAACUGACAUGGGGACUUCAUCCCAGUAUGGCUCCCCUUUGUCAUAUACACAGCCCAACAAGACAACGACAAGAAUUCACCAACAGCAUACAAAUCAAUAUGGCUAACUUGAUUCAAAAACACCCACCCACCCCACUCACAAAUGAAAACAAAGUUCAUCACAGCCAGUCACAACCAACCAACCAUACCCUAGGCCAACCCCAACCUUUCUCACCACCCAAAAAACCACAAGUGAAUAGUAAAGAGGACCUGCACAAGCGACGCAGACACAAAACCCCACACGUACAUUAAGUAAAAUAGAAACAUUGCCACCUGACUCCACCCCCACUCACUGUGGCCCCCUUUCCCCCUUUUCUUCCUAAUGUAACACUAAUGUCUCAACAAAUGAAAAUGAUCUGUAGAAAAUGUAACUUGAAAAAAGAGACAUUGCACAUACUUUUGUAAACCAAGAAAGCUUUAAUAAAAAAUACGUUAAAAAAAAGAAAGAUGGUGUCUAAUGACCAGAAUCUAAACCCUGAAAAGUAUUGCACUGUCAACACUCCUUAAGCCCAAGCAGUCUGGGCCAGUAGAUUCCCAGACCUUAAAAGUGCCUUGUUUUCCCAGACCUUAAAAGGCACCACUGAGAUUCAAAAGAAGGAAGAGAUGGCUCCUUGAGCCUCUGCUUAACCAAGUUAGACCACAGCAAGGAACCAAGUUUUAUUAAAAGAUAGUAAAGAUUGUGUUUGCGUGCGUGCGUGCGCAUGUGCACACACACCCAUAGGAGAGCACAGUUAGAAAAUACAAUUAACAAAUAUAGUUGCGAAUUAGAAAGCACAGUCAAAGAUUAAAAGGUCUGGUUGGGAAUUAUAAACAGGGAGGGGAAAAACCAAAGCUAUCUAAGGCAGUCCCUAGAAUAGCAAAUAUGAUCUCCCAGGUGAACAAAGAUUGCCCACCAAGUGCAAUGUCAGGUAGGGAACAAAACAGGAAAUACCAUGGAGAGAGGAUACAAACUAAAUAACACUGUUAGAUUACACUGGUCUAAUUUAAACCAAUUUUCUGCUCCCUCUCCUUCUCUUCCAAACCAAGGUUUGGUUUAAAAACAGGCGAGCCAAGUUCCGAAAGAAGCAGCGCAGUCUGCAAAAGGAGCAGCUGCAGAAGCAGAAGGACUCUGAAACCAACCACAGUGAGGGCAAAGCAGACACUCCCAUCCUAGAAACACAGACUCCGGCUCCUGAUGCAGAUAAAUCCAUGAGCCUGCCCAGUGAAGUCAACGCAGAGCUCAACCUGACUCUCUCGGAGCAGUCGGCCAGCGAGUCGGCAGCUGAGGACCAGACAGACAGAGAGGAAGAAUUCAAGAUCUCGCUGGAGGAGAACAAAGCAGAAAAGAGCCCCGGAGCCGAAAACAAGGCACUGAGCAGCAAGAGAGCAAGCCCAAAAGCAGGUGAGGAAGGAAAGCAACAUUCUCCUUUGUAGGAAGAGUUUUGAUGUGAGCAGAGCCUAAGGAUGGGUUCAGAAACAAAGACUUUUCUCUUGCCCACCAGAUAAUCUCAAUAAGGGUAGCCAAUGUGGUACUCUCUAGCUUCUGUGAACUACAUCUCCCAUCAGCCCCCAGCCAGUAGGGUCAAAUAUCAUGGAUAAUAGGAGCUGUACUUCACAGCAUUCGAAGGGCAUCACGUUGACUCCCUCUCUUUUAAAGGAUCAAUCUAGCUCUUUCAUUCCAGUCACUUAAUGUGCAAAGAAAACAUACACAUCACAAAAGGCAGGCUGUGCACAGGAACCUAAGCGUUGAAAAGAUUAUGGUGCCCCCAUAUUUAAUUCAAAAUAAAAACAGUAUGAAACCAUAAAAUAAAAUUUUAAAAACAAACAAAAUAAAACAUAGACUUGUUGCAGGUGUUGGCCAGGGAUGAUGGGAAUUGUAGUCCAACAAACCUGCAGAGCCCCAUGUUAGCUAGUCCUGGGCUAAGACCUUACAUGGUUAUAUUAUUCCAUAAGUUUUCCAGAAGACGUUUUCUGAAACUCAUGUAGGGAAGAUUGUUUAAGAAUUAAGUUAAGAUUUGGUUGAUCCCAAAUAUGUGAAUCACAGUUCUACAUUUUAAACAUAAGGACAUAUGAAGAACCCUAUUGGGUUAAACGAAGGCGUAUCUAGUCAGGAUCUUGCUUGCCCCAGUAACCAGCCAGAUACCAAUGAGAAGUCACAAAGCAGGACAUGAGUGCAUCAGGCCUCUUUCCUUGCUGUUCCCCAGCAACUGCUGUUUCGAAACAUACCACCUCUGAUAAUGGAUGUAGUCAUCAUGACACUGACCCAGUUGACACAUAACAUUAAGGACUUUGUGGCAAAGCAUAUUUCUGUUUACCAUUUGCACUAUUUCUCCAAAGUGCUUUACAAUCACAUUGGCUGCCAAUAUGCCACCUGGCCAAAUUCAAGGUGUUGCUCUUAGUGCAUAAAGCACUAAACAACUUAGGAUCACCCUACCUAAUGCCUUUCUCCAUACAUUCCUGCCCAGACAUUGAAAUAUGCUAGAGAAGUGUUGCUAAAAUGGCACUUGGCAUACCAGCACCCAGACUGUGGAGUUUAUUGCCUCUGCAUAUUAGGCACGAUCUGUGUUGAGCUUUAGGUGCCAGCUUAAAACUUCUUUAUUUAUUUCUACAAGCUUACCUUGCCGUGACACAUUGCUGUGUUCUUUGGAUCUUUGCUUUUUACGUUUUUUUUCCUUUUGACUGCAUGUUGAUUUUAUAUACAUCACUUUGAGAAGAUCUUUUUUAUUUAUUUAGCAGUAUACAGACACUUAUUUAUAAAUACAUACAUGUCUACAGUGUUGAGCCAUCUUUUCUACAUAUAUGAUAUGAUACACCAUGCUCAGCUGCAGACUUCACCCCCAUGGUGAAUACAGUUCAUUAGGGAUUCAUAGGCUUGCAGUGAAUAGGUAGAGUUAAAAAAAAAAAUCACACAAGCCGUUUAUCCUCGAGUAUGUUCAAUCCAGGCAGAUCAGACAAUUGCUACUUAAAAGCUUACUGCAUAAUGCAUGCACUGUGCAAAGUUGACUGCAUUAUUAACCUAGUGUUACCAUCUAUCUGCUGCCACAUGGUAAUCUGAGGAAGAGGAGUGGUGAUGGCAGGGAGCCUAGCUACAUGGUGGGAUGCUACCCUCAGGUGCCAUGUGAUAAGCCAAUUGCUGGUUGUGUUGAUCCAGCCAAAGUCUGAAAGUCUAGUAAUUAUUAUUAUUAUUAUUAUUAUUAUUAUUAUUACCCCCGCCCAUCCAGCUGGGUUUCCCCAGCCACUCUGGGUGGCUGCCAACAGAUUAAAAACGGAAUAAACUUCCCUUCAAAUGUCUUCUAAAAGUCAGAUAGUUGUUUAUUUCCUUGACAUUUGAUGGGAGGGCGUUCCACAAGGCGGGUGCCACCACCGAGAAGGCCCUCUGCCUGGUUCCCUGUAACUUCACAUCUCACAGUGAGGGAACUGCCAGAAGGCCCUCGGAGCUGGACCUCAGUGUCCAGGCAGAAUGAUGGGGGUGGAGACGCUCCUUCACGUAUACUAGGGCAGGGAUGGGGAACAUGUGGCUCUACAGAUCCAGAUGUUGUUGGACUCUGACCCUCAUCAUCUCCAGGCAGCAUGACCAAGGAUGAUGGGAGUUCAAAAAGCAUGUAGUCCAAAAGCAUGUAGAGGGCCACAGGCUCCCUAUCUUUGGUCCAGGACCAAGAUCAAACAAAAUGUUCCUUUCCUACAAUUUGUCUUCAGAUCUUCUCAUCCCAAUCUCUUGCCUUGCCAGUCCCUGGACAUUCAUGUCCCCAUUUAAACAGGGUGUAAAUGUGCAUAGGUAGGAAAUGGGGGAAAGGAGUCCUUUUCCAACUCUUGGUGGGAAAGGCAAGGCAAGCGUUUGGUGCUUCUUUCCCAGCACUCACACUCCUUGCUCUCUCUCUCUCUCUCUCUCUCUCUCUCUCUCUCUCUCUCACACACACACACACACACACACACACACCAUUCUGUAUCUUCCAAAGUUGCCCUGCGUUGCAGCAAGCUGGAUGUAAUACGUUUUGAACAUCAAGAGAAACCGUUCUUUUCAGGUUUGUACUCUGUGCUGCUGAUAAUUUUUACUGACUUUCUUCUGCUGUGCUUAACAAUGCAGAUUCCCCCGUCAAUGCCACGGCCACGCCAUCUUCCAGUAGCAGCAUGUCUCAGACACACUCCUAUUCCUCCUCGCCCCUCAGCCUCUUCCGCCUGCAAGAGCAGUUCCGCCAGCACAUGGCAGCCACAAACAACUUGGUCCAUUACUCCUCCUUCGAAAUGGGGAGCCCUUCCACCAUGCCUUAUUUGGGCAUGAAUGUCAACAUGGCACCCCUAAGCUCCCUGCACUGCCAGUCUUAUUACCAGUCGCUCUCCCACGCCCAGCAGGUGUGGUCCUCUCCUAUCCUGCAGGCUUCGUCCUCUCUUCCAAGCCUGAACAGUAAAACGACGAGUAUUGAGAACCUUCGGCUGCGAGCAAAGCAACACGCUGCCUCUCUGGGCCUGGAUACUUUACCAAACUGA